AUGACAGAGCCAGAGUCGACUCAGGUGGCAGAGCAGGCGCAGUACCAGCCCGAGGCAUCGCAGGCGAAAGGGCACGGCCCGGAGACGGAGGCCGGCAAGCAGUUGCCGGUGCAGCCGCAACCGCAGCCAGAAUACGUCAACGGCAAUGGCGCUGCCGACCUGAAGAGCGAGGAAGCAGACCAGAAAUCCAAGGUUCCGGCACCGGCUCCGCCGCCGGAACCGGACAUGGACAACCUUCCGGCCAACCCGAUGCCAAAGCACCAGAACAAGCAUGCGACCACGAGCAUACGCGCCGUGAAGCGGCUGAAGGACGCGCGUCCGUUUCUGAAGCCCGUGGAUCCGGUCGCGUUGAACGUGCCCUUCUACUACAACCACAUCCAGCGGCCCAUGGACCUCUCGACGAUCGAGCGCAAGCUUGCGGUCAAUGCGUACGAGACGCCUGAGCAGGUUUCUGCAGACUUCAAGCUCAUGGUUGAGAACUGUGCCAAGUUCAACGGUCCGGCCGCGGCGAUCACGCAAAUGGCGCGCAACAUCGAGGCGAGCUUCGAGAAGCACAUGUUUCACAUGCCUGCACGCGACGAGCCACCCAGGCCGCGUGUGAAGCGGCGGAAACCAGAAGUGGACGCACCCGUGGUCAUUCGCCGCGCCGAGUCUCACAACGGCAGACCCAAGCGUGAAAUACACCCUCCCAGGUCCAAAGACAUUUACCCGUACGAAAACUCGAAGCCGCGAUCCAAGAAGCACCAGACGGAGCUCAAGUUUUGCCAGCAGUUGGUCAAGGAACUCAUGUCCAAGAAGUACGCGUCUUUCAACUACCCCUUUUUGGAGCCCGUUGACCCAGUGGCUUUGAACUGUCCCACAUAUUUUGACUUUGUUAAGGAGCCCAUGGAUCUGGGCACUGUCAGUCGCAAAUUGAACAACUGGGAAUACGGAACCGCGGAAGAAGUUGAACAUGACGUGCGACUGGUUUUCAAAAACUGCUACGCUUUCAAUCCUGACGGUACCAUUGUGAACAUGAUGGGCCACCGCCUGGAAGACGUUUUCAAUUCUAGGUGGGUCGACAGACCAAUAGCGGCGGACGAAGAAUCGGAGGAUGAGGAUAAUGCGGAAUCUGGUUAUGCCAGCGAAGAUGGUCGUGAGCCGGAAGAAAUUUACGAAAGUCUGAUGAACAAUCCAGCCAUCCAAUACUUGGAACAGCAGCUCGCGCGUAUGAAGGUCGAAUUGCUUCAGUUGAAGAAGCAAGAGAUCGAAAGAAUACGGAAGGAAAGACGAAUUGCUAAGGGAACCAAGCGGAGACGCACGGGUAAGAAGAGGUCUUCCAGUGACGCUACCAACGGGAGUAAGAAGAAGGGUAAAUUCAAGACCGUCGUCACUUACGACAUGAAAAAGAUCAUCUCCGAAAAGAUCAACGAUUUACCGCAGUCUAAGCUGGAAAAAGCGGUCGAAAUCAUCCGCAAAUCCAUGCCGGACAUUGGUAAAGACGACGAAGUCGAACUCGAUAUCGACAUGUUGGACAACAUGACCAUUUUAACUCUAUACAAUACCUUUUUCCGUGAGUUUGGUCCUAGCGGUGAAAAUGGGCUUCCGCUGGACGAGGAUACGGCAAGGGUUAGCUCGUUGUCACCGGGGUCGGGAUCUGGGUCAAAGAAGGGCAACAGACGGAGAAGCAAAGCCUUGAGUGAGGAGGAGCAGAAUAGGCAAAUUGAGAAGAUCAAGAACAAGCUUGCUAUCUUGGACGGCGCCUCUCCUGCAAGUCCUGGAACCUUUAGCGGGAUUGCUGAUAAUAGUUCCUCCGAAGAUGAUGAUGAUGACGAGAGCAGCGAGAGUGAAGAAGAGUGA